AUGAAUAUUAUUAUAGCUGUCAUAACUAUCUCCGCAGCCCUAGCAAUAGUUUUAGCACUAGUCUCCUUUUAUCUUCCACAAAUAACGCCAGACUCCGAAAAACUUUCACCAUAUGAAUGCGGCUUUGACCCACUUGGCUCAGCCCGCCUUCCUUUCUCACUACGAUUUUUUUUAAUUGCCAUUCUUUUUUUACUGUUUGACUUAGAAAUUGCACUAUUAUUACCUCUCCCCUGAGCAGACCAACUCUCCUCUCCCUCUCUUACAUUCACCUGAGCCACAUUAGUUUUAAUUAUACUUACUGCCGGCUUGAUUUAUGAAUGAUUGCAAGGAGGACUAGAAUGAGCAGAAU